AUGGUCGGUUUAUGUCUUGCCGAUUUCAUCUACCUCGCCGAUUUAUCACUGGUUGCCGCCACUUCUCUUAACCUGAAAAGUUGGCCUUUCGGCUCAGCGUUGUGCCAUUUUUAUCACGGUACUGAAACUACGGGUAUGUUUUUCAGAGUUAUCAUGAAUUAUCGUGUUGCUGUGUUUCUCAGUACAGGAGCCUGGGCGACAGCAAUUGCAUGCAGUUUACCGUUAUACCUUUAUGCAAAGGAAGGACGAUCUAAGGCUCAUUAA